CAGGGACGCCCUCUUUAAUUUGAACUCGAGCUUCUCACCAGCCACUCCAGUGAUGGCGUGUUGCUGGUGCGGCAAUUUCGAAGGGGAGUGUUAUAGGUUUUGAAAAUUUUGACAACGGCCUUUUAAAAUGGCAGACAAUCAGCAGAGUAGGUUCGAAAAAUCACUCGGAUUAUUAACAACAAGAUUCGUUACAUUGUUGCAAAAGGCCAAGGAUGGCGUAUUGGAUCUGAAAGUGGCUGCUGAUAUACUGGAGGUACGACAAAAAAGGCGAAUAUACGACAUCACUAAUGUGCUCGAAGGGAUUGGACUGAUAGAAAAAAAAAGCAAAAAUAGUAUACAAUGGAAGGGUGCGGGACCUGGUUGUAACACUCAAGAAGUUGGUGAAAAACUUACUGAACUUAGAGAUGAAAUACAAAAACUAGAAGAGCAUGAGCAGUUACUAGAUACACACACACAGUGGAUUCAACAGAGCAUCAAGAAUAUUGAAUCUGAUUUAACAAACAAAAAAUAUGCCUACAUCACAUAUGAAGAUGUCAAGGAAAGGUUCAAAAAUGAAUUGAUAUUAGGUAUUCAAGCUCCCCCGGACACACAGCUAAUUGUACCUAAUAUUGCAAAGGCAAUAGAAGAUGGUGAGAGCAAGGCAAAAGAUAUAAAUUAUGAAAUAUUCAUGAAAAGUACAUCGGAAGAAAUUAAAGUGUACAUGAUUCAGCCAGAGCUAGCCGAAUCGUAUGAUAACAAAGUACUAGAAGCAAGGCUCCAAGAGGAAUCUAAAGGUGUAAAAAGAGAAAAGGAUAGCAACGAUAAGAAGGAGGAAUCCAAGCCAAAAAGAAAAGUUGGAAGGCCACCUAGAGGAACCAGCAAGGCAGACCCUGUCUUAUCGGAUGAAGAAGAAGAAGAAGAAGAAUUACUAGAAGCCAAGAUCAUACUUAGUGAUGUAGCGACUUCAGACAUUAUCAGGACAGAUUUGGAUCUACUGGAUGAAUUGUAUUCCGACUUUUGCGGACCUUUAGUGAGAUUGAGUCCGCCACCUGGAGAAAAGGACUAUCAGUUUCACCUUGGUGAAAACGAAGGAAUCUGUGACCUCUUUGACAUAGCGGCAAAUUGAGAAGUGAUAUAUGUAUAUGAACUACUUGACAGUUCCAUACUACGAUCUAUUGAGCUGUUCCAAUUUAAUCAGAUACAUUAUAAGUUCUACUCGGCAGAUCUCUCGAUGUGAAUCGAACCCGGCGACACGAUAGCUCUUGGUAAAAAUCAUCGCCGGUUACAUCUGACCUAAUAAUAUGUAUAUAUCCACAUACCACGUAAGAAAUUGAAUUGCGGGCCAAUGCGACGUCUUCAGCUCUGAUACACUAAUUGAAUGGCUCGAUUUCAAACGCUUUUUGGGUAUGUUGUGUACCCAAAAAUUACCAAGCUGCCUAUAAACGUAUAUUUUUAGACAAUUAAUGCUAACUUAUAGCAUUGGCUGACGCCACGUUUUCAAAGAUUCCAUAUCUUGAUAGGAUUAGCAAAUAUUAGUACCUCCAUAGAAAUUGUAAAGUAAAAUUGUAAAGUAAAAUUACCUAAAAUCAUGUCUGCACAUGCCGUUGUGAGAAAUUCAAGGGACUCAAACAAAGACUUCACAAGAUUUUUUGACUGUACUAAUCUUACGACUUUGGAUCAUGACGCAGUUGGUUGGCGCCCAUUACGGCUACUUUUGUGCAGGUGCCAUUGACUUAGUGUACUGAGUCUGUAGGAGGGCUAUGUUACGAUUUUGAAGUAUUUUAUGAGAGAAAACAGUUGUAAGAAUUACAGAAAUGGGUACACCCUGUCUACCUUUUUGAGUAUCUUCUUGUUAAAUUUGUAAACAAAGCGUUCGUUUCUACGAAAAUAAAAAAUUAAUAAGGUGCAUAAGAGUGUAUAAAAACGAUUAUUGUAUCUGUUAUCUGUUAUACAAAUAAAUUGUAAGACCAUAAGUGAACCAUUA